GGGCUCGGAAAUCUGUUAACAUCGUAACCUUGAACUUAUUUUGAUCUGGGUGGCGACUAGCUGAGUAGCUUAGCUGCGGUGCAGAAAAGCGUUGCAGUGCCAAUCGGAGAAAAUGUUGCACCUGAUGCUUCGCCAAAACAUCCACAAGAUAAUCGCACCUCUAUGUUGUCGCAGUGCACAUACUAAAGAGCCAGUAAAUCCGGACUGGAAAACUGCAGCUACAAAGGAACUGAAGGGGAAAAAAGAUGUCGAUUCCCUUAUCUGGAAAACACCCGAGGGGAUUGAAAUCAAACCUGUUUAUACCAAAGCUGAUGUGAAGGAUGUGCAAGAUGAGAUACCAGGGACAUUUCCCUACACCAGGGGGCCAUAUUCCACGAUGUACACAAACAGACCCUGGACAAUCCGACAGUAUGCUGGCUUCAGUACAGUAGAAGAGAGCAACAAAUUUUACAGAGAUAAUAUAGCUGCUGGUCAGCAAGGUCUCAGCGUGGCAUUUGACCUACCAACACACAGAGGGUAUGACUCUGAUAAUGAGCGGGUGGUGGGGGAUGUUGGAAUGGCUGGGGUCGCGAUUGACUCGGUGGAGGACACUAAGCUUCUGUUCGAUGGAAUCCCACUGAAGAAAAUCUCCACCUCGAUGACAAUGAACGGAGCUGUUCUGCCUGUGAUGGCCAUGUAUAUUGUGGCUGCGGAGGAGCAGGGUGCAAAACAGGAGGAGUUAGCGGGAACGAUACAGAAUGACAUUCUGAAGGAGUUCAUGGUCAGAAACACCUACAUUUUCCCCCCAGAGCCCUCCAUGAAGAUUAUUGGGGAUAUUUUCGAGUACACAUCCAGGUACAUGCCGAAAUUCAACUCCAUUUCCAUUUCGGGAUACCACAUGCAGGAGGCGGGAGCUGAUGCUGUAUUAGAGAUGGCCUUCACUCUGGCAGACGGCCUGCAGUACAUCAGAACAGGUUUGGAACGUGGCUUAAAUGUGGACAAGUUUGCACCUCGUUUGUCCUUCUUCUGGGGAAUAGGGAUGAACUUCUACAUGGAAAUUGCUAAAAUGCGAGCAGCCAGACGACUGUGGGCUACACUGUUAAAAGAGAAGUUCCAACCAAAGAAUCCGAAAUCCCUGCUGCUCCGAGCUCACUGUCAGACAUCUGGCUGGUCUCUCACAGAACAGGAUGCCUACAACAACGUUGUUCGUACUGUGAUAGAGGCCAUGGGGGCAGUGUUCGGGGGGACCCAGUCUCUACACACAAACUCCUUUGAUGAGGCUCUAGGACUUCCCACUCCCUUCAGUGCAAGGAUUGCCAGGAACACCCAGAUCAUACUGCAGGAGGAAUCGGGGAUCCCAAAGGUAGCAGAUCCGUGGGGUGGGUCGUACAUGAUGGAGAGUCUGACUAACGAUAUCUACGACGAAGCUCUCAAAGUUAUUAACGAGGUAGAAGAGAUGGGAGGCAUGGCGAAAGCAGUGGCUUCAGGCAUGCCCAAGCUGAGGAUUGAGGAGUGUGCCGCCAAACGCCAGGCCAGGAUUGAUAGCAGUGCAGAGGUGAUUGUGGGCGUGAAUAAGUACCGACCAACAGAAGAACACCAGGUGGAUGUACUGUGUAUCGACAAUAAACACGUCAGAGAAUCGCAGAUUGAGAGACUGAACCGGACUCGUCAAAACCGCGACCAGAAAAAGGCACAGGAAGCACUCGAGGCCAUCACUAAGGCAUGCUCCAGUAACGACGGAAACCUGAUGCAGCUGUCCAUCGAUGCGGCGAGGGCGCGGUGCACAGUUGGUGAAAUCACAGAUGCCAUGGAAAAGGUAUACGGUAGACACAUUGCUAGUAACCGGUUAGUCAGUGGAGCGUACAGGACGGAGUUCGGUGAAGUGGAUGAAAUCAGCACCGCCAUUAAGAGAGUUCAGCAAUUUGCGGAGACAGAGGGACGUCGUCCGCGAAUCCUUGUGGCCAAAGUAGGACAGGAUGGACAUGAUCGUGGCGGGAAGGUCAUUGCGACAGGCUUUGCUGAUCUGGGAUUUGACGUCGAUAUUGGACCCUUGUUUGCCACACCAAAGGAAGCUGCCCAGCAAGCAGUGGAUGCUGACGUCCACGUCCUAGGGGUCAGUUCUUUAGCUGCUGGACACAAAACACUGAUCCCAGAGAUGAUUCAAGAACUCAAGAAAAUGGGAAGGCCUGAUAUUCUGGUGGUUGCUGGGGGUGUGAUCCCACCCCAGGACUACGAUUUCAUGUACACAUCAGGCGUUGCUGCUGUUUUUGGCCCAGGCACCAGAAUUCCAGAUGCUGCUAUCCGAGUAAUCGAUAUGCUGGAAAAGAAUAACAACAACACAACUAAAUCCACGUCUGCGACGGGCUGAGAACGCUGUGUGAUAGUGACAUGAACUGUGUGACGGAGGCGCUCCAGUAGCUGUUACGCUCCAUGAUCAGCUAUGGAUUCAAUCAGCUUCAUGCUUCUUUUAUAUCAUGCUGUUUUACAUUACAUAAUUGUGAUGAAGACAUUCAAGCACAAC